AUUUAAUAAUAGAGUUUAAUUAUACACACAACUAAAAAGUAAACAACAUGGGCCACGUUACAUGGGAACUAUAUAUUAUACAUCGAACCUUACCAAACAUCUCAUCUCUCAUGAGCCAUGGCCGGAGAUGAAGAUCCUGAAACAACUCCGUCGUCACCGGAAUAUAAGCCCUUACCUUCAUCCAGUCGUGAUCUAAACGUUGCCGUUCAGGUAUCACAUCCUUCCUCGAUCAGACGACGCCGUUUCAUCAUCUCUAUAUUUCUCAUAUCUUUUGCCUCGAUCCUCAUCUACAUCUUCUGGCCGUCCGAUCCACGCAUCAAAAUCGAACGGGUCAAAGUUUCCCACGUGCACGUCCACCGUCGACCGGUGCCGUCUAUAGACAUGACGAUGCUCGUUACGCUCAAAGUAUCCAAUGCUGACGUGUACUCUUUUGACUUCACGGCGCUUGACGUUGCGAUUGGUUACAGAGGGAAGACGUUAGGUCACGUGAGUUCUGAUGGCGGGCACGUGAGGGCUAUGGGUUCGUCUUAUCUUGAAGCGGAGACGCAGCUUGACGGCGUCACGGUGUUUGCUGACGUCAUUAGCCUGAUUCACGAUUUGGCCAAGGGCUACAUCGAAUUUGACACCGUUACGGAGACUAACGGGAAACUUGGCGUUUUGUUCUUCCGUUUCCCUUUAAAGGCGAAAGUGGCAUGUGGGAUUCUAGUAAAUACAGUUAAUCAGACAAUUUCCCGUCAGAGCUGUAGACCUGUCUGAUUCAAGAGACAUCAUCUGCUAUAUUUUAUAGAUUACAUAUGGAUAUGUCAUUUUUGGAGGGAAGAAGAAGAAGACGAAGAGGACGAAGAAGAAGAAGAAGGAAGCCAUUGAUAUUCAUGAUGAUGAUACCUACACUUGAACGAUCUUGGAUGCUUCGACGGUGAACACACACACACCUUCUUUUCACCGCCAUCGUCGCGGACACUCGCGGUGGCUACCACCUCCGUCGUCACCGUCACUUCUGCCGCCGGUAACUUUGGCGGUGGAAUAACAGGUUGGAGAAUCUUUUUGUAGCACAUUUUUGUUCGUUUCAAACUUUUAGUUAAAACUAAAGAUUCUUCUUGUUCUUGUUGAAGAUUUUGUAUUUGUGGUUUACCAAAAUAAAUGAGAAGUCGGCUAUAAAUACUAGUCAUGCUUAAAAUA